AUGAUUGGAGGUUCAUAUGCCGGAUCUCUUUCUUCAUGGUUCCGUCAGAAGCAUCCAGAAUUAGCACUAGGAAGUUGGGCAUCUUCUGCUCCUAUUUUUGCUAAACUUAAUUUUUCUGAAUAUGAUAAACAUGAAGCAGAAGAUUUCAUGGAGUACGGUUGCUAUGAAAAUGUUUUGAAUGCAUAUAAAACAAUUGAAAAAGUUGCUUUACUCCAAAAUGAUAAAACUGAAGAAUUGAUGAUGAUGUUUGGAGUUCCUAAUCCGGAAGAAUUUGUCAGUCAUUCACUUGAAUUCUUAGAUAUGUUCAGUUAUGCUUACACUUAUGGAAAUCAAUAUAAAGCUUGGAACCAAAUCAUCUUGGACAUGUGCGACUCAUUAAAAGAAAUUGAUACAUCGGACAGUGAUGAAGUCAUUGGAGUUAUGGCAACUACAUCAUAUCUUCUUGGUAUGGAUAAAUUUUUAGAAUUAUAUCCAAAUGGACUCAAAAAUACAUCUGUCGACUCUCCAAAUAAAGCUUCAAGGGGCUGGGCUUAUAUGAUGUGCAAUGAGUUUGGAUGGUUCUAUUCGGCUUCAGGUCUUUUGAAGAGCAACUUAUUGACAAUACAAUAUUAUAGUGAUUUUUGUCAAAAUAUAUUUGGAAAACAACCUGAUCCUGAUAAAUUCAAUGAAAAGUAUGGAGGAUAUAAUCCAAACGUGACAAGAGUAGUUUAUACUAAUUCUCACUAUGAUUCGUGGUCUGAAUUGACAAUGAAACGUAAUGACACCUCAAAAUCCAUCUAUAGUUUUAGUAUAAAUGAUGGAUUUCAUUGCGAUGAUAUACACGAUCCCAAUGAUAGUGAUUCUAUAUCGUUGAUGAGCGUUAGGGAAGAAUCCAUCAAGUUGCUAUUAAAAUGGAUGGAAGAAAAAGAAGAAGGAAGAAAAGAAGGAGGAAAAGGAGAAGGAAAAGAUGAAAUAAAUGAAAAUGCACCAAAUAAACCAUUACCAACAUGGGCCUGGAUUGUUAUUGCAAUGACCACAACAGUAGUUUUGGUAACAAUUAUUGUAAUAGUGAUCAUCUAUACAAAACUAAAAGGAAAAAUUUCCUUAUCAACGGAUGAAAUUAAAGAAUAA